AUGUGUUUCGAUUUGUACGUCCACAACACUGCUCGCGAACAUGAUACACGGCAUCUAAGUAUCAUUAAUCCAGUCACAGGCUACACGGUUUAUAGCCCCUGGCAAGAUCCUUACAUGAGCCCACCCUGUGAUUAUCCUCACAUACUCGAACCAAUUCCUCCUCACCAGUCUUGCCCCUUUCACCCUCGAUGUUGUCGACUCCAGAGACACUUUGUAUGUCGAUUCAAGGAUGGGAGUUGCCAGACGCAAGUUAAGUAUCACCAUUUUGUCGACGAAGCGAGUGGCGAGACUAACAACACCUCCUUUCUAAGUGCGUACUUCGGGUACAAUCCAUCCCUACUUUCCCUCGCGGGCUGGUUUUUCAAGGCUGGAGUAGAAUUCGCACUUGCUGAUAAGUACCGGAGUCAGAUAUCGCAACGCCUUGCCGGAAUGGUGGAGCGUGAUAAUGGCCAAGCCCGUGAUAUGAUGGACCUUACCGAACGAACGGACCUCGAGGCACGGUAUUCACACUUGACCUACGUUAUAAAUUGCUCUAGGCAGGUGCUCGGUCAAUUCGCUAUGCUCUGGGAUCUAAACACUGGCCCCGGUGGGUUGCCUCCCCGUCCGGGUGGUAAUCCGAACCCCGAAUUUAAUGCGCCGCUGUCACGGAGACUAAACCUCAGAACGCAUGGAUGGGUUAAGAGAGACGACAGCCCAUUUUAUUGGCCACAGUUGAUUCAGCUUUGGCCAAAUUUCGAGGCUGGGUUCCUUCCUUUCGGCGAUGACCCUUCGGUUGUGCAUUUUGGGAGCACGACGAUGGAAAGCCAGAUAGAUUUAAAUCCCAUGAAUGAUGUGAACUCGUCGAACCCGGAUGUAGAGCUAGAGGGACAAACUCCCCACGGCGUCUUAAAUCAUGAUAUGCUAGUCGUUCCUCCCGCCUCUCCCUUUCCCGGUAAUGUUGAGGAAUUAUUGGAUAUCAAAGAUUGCAUUACGGUAGCCAACACUCCCGCUUCGCUGACAUCGUCUCCACUUUCGUCUCUUCCUAGUGAACUGGACUUCGAUUCGGACUUCGAAUACACUGGUGACAAGAACAACAAGGAAUAA